UUUCAAUGGAACAGUACUCUCGGGUUGCUUCCUCAACAUUUGUUCUCAAGGUAAAUAUCAGCUGCUGUGGAUGUGAGACACACAUCGAAAAAGUGCUGCAAAAAAUUCCCGGAGUAUGGCCUGAUUCAACGGUGAUAGAUGCAGAGCAAGGAAGAGUUACUGUUUCAGGCUUUGUAGACCCUCAAACCGUAAUAAGGGAGCUUAGCAAUGCUGGGAAAAUAGCAGAGCUCUUGCAGAUUGUUUCACAGUCAGAAGUGGAUGUCAAAAUUCCACGGGGUCAAGUUGUUUUCGUUGAGCCAGUUCGCUUUUUGCCAAAUAAUCUGGGGCAGUUCCUGAAUGAUAUUGAACGCCUGAAGGAAGUGGAGGUGACCCGUGACAGUGUGAAGAUGUCUUUCUACGAUGAGUCAAGUGGUGGAAACAGGAAAGAUGGUGGUGGAUCUCGUGGCAGUGGUGGUGAUUGAAGAUGGUAAUGGGUGCUACUGGGUGCAUGACAAUCUUAAGUAUUAUUUUAUGCUCAUGUGAGGUGUUUUCAUUUGUUUUGCUUGGUUUGUCCUCCAGAAUCUUGGUUCUAUUAUUGAUGUACUUGUUAUUUGGUUAUUAAUUAAUGCCUGAUUAUUGUUCCCUC